AUGGAUGAGAACUCGUUGAUUUUCGGACUCGAGAGCGCAUCAAGAGAGCUCUGCCCUGUUGUUGGCGAUGCGGAUGUUGUCAGAUUUCUAGCUGUGACGCAAAAUCCUACUGGAGGAAACUCCAUUUCUUUACUCACGUUCGACGAAGACGACAAUCAAGUAACGCGCUUUCAAUUCAUGACAAAAGCGGAGCACUGGAGAGUAUCUUCCUGCCCUCAAGAUGUUGCUAAGUUUGCCACAGUCUCGCAGGAGAUUUCAAAGUCUGAAGAUGGAAAGUACACAAGUGUGGCCAAAGCGAAUGUGUUCAUUCUAAACGAGGACAUUUCGAAUUUCAACGAACAAAGUCAGAAAGCCUUGGAUCCAGCCCUGCAAUUCAAAGUCGAUCAUUUGGCGAAUUUAACCUGGAAGCCGGAGGAAAGCUCGACUCAAGGACUCGCAAUGGUGUCUAACACUAGCCUCUUCGUUCUGGAAGACCUUGAGCAAGAAAAUCCGGAGCUCAUCGCGAAAACAAGAGGAAUGAAUGGCCCUGUCGCCUGGGAUCCGCACAAUCCAAGCUCAGUCGUUGCCGCUGCGGUCGGGCAUUCCGCGCGCGCCUACGACGUGCGUUCCAAGGCGCUUGCCUGGGAAGUCGGCCACCGCUUCAACGUGCGCGAUCUCGACUUCAACCCUAACAAGAGCUUCCAGCUGGCUUUGGGCAGAAGCGAGAGCCCAAAUUUGAAAUUUCAAACUCUGGCUUUGGGAGCGGACGAUGGUGGAGUCAAGUUCUACGACACCAGAAAAGCGGCGAACCCGGUCAAGACGAUACAGGGAGUUCAUACUCACUGGACUUGGCAGGUCAAAUUCAAUCCUGUUCACGAUCAAUUGUUCCUCACAUCUGGCGGUGACGGUUCUGUUUACCUUCAUUCGAUUACUUCUAUUUCUUCUGAACCAUUCGGUUCGAUGAUUGAAGAAGAGUCGACUAAAAAGAUAGACGAUGGAGUCAUUCUCAAAUUCGACGAACAUGAAGAUGCUGUUUAUUCCUGCCAAUGGUCGACCGCAAAUCCAUGGCUAUUCGCCUCGCUUUCGCACGAUGGAAGAAUGGUCAUAAAUCAAGUCCCGAAAUCAGUAAAAUACGAUAUUUUACUGUAA